AUAAUGUUGCUGUUCGUUCUGCUUGGAGCUGUCUUGAUGAGUGCUAGUCUUGUGGUGGGCAGAGAUCCUGGAGGAAUAAUGUGUCAAUACGAAGAUAGGUUCCUCACCGUUGGAAAAAAGAUCUACAGUGGAUGUGAGGUGUGCCAAUGCAAAAGGAGCGGAAAAAUUAAAUGUAGUGAAGAACCUGCAUGUUGUCCAUACCUUGACAAAAAAGGAAGGACAAAACUAGCUUCCCCUGGUGACUCCUAUACUGAUGGGUGUAACCAAUGCACCUGUGGAGCUGAGGGCGGUAUGGGAGCUUGCACCAAGAUGGGUUGUCCUAAUAAAUGUGCCUACAAGAACUGGGAUAUGGUCUCGGGGUAUGCUAAAAAGGGGAAGGUUCAUGCGUACGAUGAGGAAAGGGACUGUCCAGUCAAGUGCAAGUGCAAGGUGAAGAAAGGACAGGCAACCCUCAAGUGUAAACCAGACUGUUAUUGAACUGAGUUUAAGUUGAUAGUUGCGAUAAGCUGUUUAAUAAUAGCAUUGACAAAAAACAAUCUCUCUUAUAAAAAAUGAA